UCUUUUAGGUGUUCGUUACGGUCGUGUCCCUAAAAGAGAAAAAGAAAAGUUAAGAGAAGAAAUGAGAAGAGAUUCAGUUCGCUCUGUUUUUGAACAUUUAAAUUUUGAAUUAAGUAAUGAAGAACGUCUUUUAGAAAAAUUAGAAAAAGGGUGGAAAGAAUUAGAAAAUGAUUUGAGAAUUAUUUUAAAAAGAAAAGAAGAAGAAAAUAAUGUUGAAGAAGAAAAAAUUAUUGAUAGUAAUAAAUUAUGUUUAUUGGCAAAAGCUGUUGUUCGUUUUGCUGAAAAUAUUGGAGGUUUCCGGUUGUUAAGGAUAGAUGAUCAAGCACAAGUUUUAAAAGAAUCUUUAUACCCCGUUCUUCUUCUUCGAUUUUGUUCACUUCGUUUAUUUCCAAAUAAUGAUAGACUUUUUGAUUUGGCUAAUAUUCCUUUAGCUUUACUUCUUCCAACUUCUUCCUUUUCUGCCCUACGUGACUGCACAGUUGAAUUAAUCAUUAGAAUAAGAGCAGCUCGUAGACCGACGGACUUACCUCUAUCAGAUCAACAAUUAGCUAUUUGUGCAGCUGUUUGUCUUUGUCGAUUAGAAGGUGCGGGGGAAUGUGCUUCUGGAGGGGCAACCUCAACAGCAUCAUUUAAUGGAAUGACAGCAAAUACUUUUAUAAAUGCCUGGGAUGAGCAAUCUGACCAAUUGGGACAAGCUGUUUGUAGACGAAUUAGAGAAAAAUUCUCGAGCUUAUUAAAUUAUUCUUUAAAUGUUUCUAGACUACAACAACACCCAAUACCUGCUCAGUGUGGAUUUGGGCCUACUCCAUUGAGAACUGAUUUAUUGGAUCGACAAAAUUUAGCAUCAUUAUUUGAAAGUCUCAAAAAGUGUAAAGAACUUUAUUCACAUUUUUUAAAUGCCAAUAUUUGCAAAAAUAUUCCUUUCGAACUUUUUUCUCCAAAAAUAAAUUUAAUUGAAAAUAACAGAAAAAGGAAAAUAUUGGAAAAUGAAGAAGAAAAUAAUAAAAAAGAAUUUUUAUUAAAAAAUAAAAUAUUAUCACCAGAAAUUAAUAAAAAAGAGGAAGAAAUUAUUAAAAUUAAUAAUAAUCAACAACAACAAAUAAAUAAAAAAUUGGAUAUGCCAAUACUUCGACAAGUUUUAGAACAACAACAACAAAUAAUACCUUCUCCAACAAUUAAUAAUAAUUUAAAUAAUGGAUUAAGUUUAAGAGAAAGACAUAAAGAAAUGGCUUUAUUACUUGAAAGACCUCCAUUAAUUUCUAUUUUAGAUGAAAAGGAGGAAGAGGAAGGAAAGGAGGAUUUAGUAAUUGUUGUGGAAGAAGAAGAAAAAAAUAAAAAUAAUGUUGAAGAAGAAAAAGAAGAGGAGGAAGAAGAACAGCCAUUAAAUUUAUGUUUGCGUGAUGGGGCUAAUUAA